ACGAGAUGAGCAGCGCCGGAGCCGCUGCAAGAUGCUGGAUGGACACGUCCUGCUGGGAUGGCUCUUCUCCUGCGCGCUCCUAGGGCUGCUCGCCUGCACCCCGCGGCCCUCCGCCGCCUACUUCGGGCUGACUGGGAACGAACCCCUGACCAUCCUCCCUCUGACCUCAGAAAUGGAGGAAGCUGCCAUCAAAGCUCACUACAAAGUCUGUGACCGUCUGAAGCUGGAGAAGAAGCAGCGCAGGAUGUGCCGGCGGGACCCCGGCGUGGCCGAGACGCUGAUGGAAGCGAUCAGCAUGAGCGCGCUGGAGUGCCAGUACCAGUUCCGCUUCGAGCGCUGGAACUGCACCCUGGAGGGUCGCUACCGAGCCAGCUUGCUGAAGAGAGGUUUUAAGGAGACAGCCUUCUUGUACGCCAUCUCCUCGGCGGGGCUGACGCACGCCAUGGCCAAGGCGUGCAGCGCGGGGCGCAUGGAGCGCUGCACCUGCGACGAGGCUCCUGACCUGGAGAACCGCGAGGCUUGGCAGUGGGGCGGCUGUGGUGACAACCUGAAAUACAGCAACAAGUUCGUCAAGGAGUUCCUGGGGAGGAAGCCCAAUAAGGACCUGCGAGCCAGAGUGGACUUCCACAAUAACCUCGUGGGCAUGAAGGUCAUCAAAGCUGGAGUGGAGACAACCUGUAAAUGCCACGGUGUAUCUGGAUCCUGCACUGUCAGAACGUGCUGGAGGCAGCUCUCUCCAUUCCAUGAAAUAGGGAAGCAGCUGAAGCAGAAGUACGAGACAUCGCUCAAAGUGGGCAGCACUACCAACGAGGCCACGGGAGAAGGAGACAUCUCCCCGCCCAAGAAGUCCAUCCCUGGUCACAGUGAUCAAAUCCCAAGGACUACGGAUCUUGUCUACAUUGACGAUUCCCCAAGCUUCUGUAUGAUGAGUAGGUACUCACCUGGGACUUCGGGAAGGAAAUGUUACAAAGACAAGAACUGUGACAGCAUCUGCUGCGGGCGAGGGCACAACACGCAGAGCAGGGUGGUCACCCGUCCGUGCCAGUGCCAGGUCCGUUGGUGCUGCUAUGUGGAAUGCAAGCAAUGCACCCAGAGAGAAGAGGUUUACACCUGCAAAGACUGAGGGGGGUCUUCUGCUCGAUGGCAACCCUCAGUGACCGGCGCUGGUGAUCUAUGAGAACUGCAUAUGGAGACAAACAGGGUUUGAUUGACCUUCUGGGAUCUGAAAGCUAUGUUGAGACAUAAGCACUUUGUAGGGUACAGGUGACCCAGCUGUGUUGCUGUUUUUUCUUCGUUUUGUUUUUGUUUUGUUUUCCCUUAGACUGACUUUUAAUGAGGUCCAACCAUGUGGAAAUUAAGUGCCUGUCACACUGGGGUUAGACACCAGUUGACCUUCACCUUCGUCGUCUACACAGUUUGACAGAUGGUAGAACGUUGGAACAUCUUCAUUCUUUCACCAACCCUCCGUGGACUCCUGGACUAAUAUAUUCUCCUUGGCAUAAAUAACCUCUACUACUUGAUUCCUCAAAAUUACCCAGCUGCUUAGAGACCUAAGCAGACACAAAAGAAAGAGCUUUGUGCUUUGAAUGCAAUGGUAGGGGAAGUGCUUAUAUAUUUCCCCUUCUAACUCUGGACAGAGAUGUCUUAGGUGAGCAGGAACAGCCCUGAUGGUUCCUUCAGUGGAGUUCCUGCACAAGCAAAGCUCUGACGAAGACACCCACUGGGAAGAGGGUAAACCUGGUCACAACAGCUUCGUAUCCCCACGCUUUGAUCACAGCUCAACAAGUGUUGGGUCCACUAUGCUGCAGACAUAGACAAACAUCCAACAAAGAGGUUGGGAAGAUGGUAGAAAAUCAGAAGUGCCUGUCCCCUUCUGUGCAGUAGGAUGUUAUUUUAAAGCCAUUUCUUUAGCACUAUCUCUGUCCUAAUUUUGAUUUGAA